GGUUGGUGAUGGCGGCGCUGGCAGUGUCUGAGGCGACGGAGUCCCGUGGCCGAAGCGGCCCUGGCAGAGGUCGAGCUCCUCGGGGCCGAUUAGCAAAUCAGAUCCCCCCUGACAUCCUGAACAACCCCCAGCUUCAGGCAGCCAUCCAGGUAUUGCCUUCCAACUACAACUUUGAGAUCCCCAAGACCAUCUGGAGGAUCCAACAGGCCCGGGCCAAGAAGGUGGCCUUACAAAUGCCUGAAGGCCUCCUCCUCUUUGCCUGUACCAUGGUGGAUAUUUUGGAAAGGUACACAGGGGCUGAAGUGAUGGUGAUGGGUGAUGUGACCUAUGGGGCUUGCUGCGUGGAUGACUUUACUGCAAGAGCCCUGGGAGCGGACUUCCUGGUGCACUAUGGCCACAGCUGCCUGGUUCCCAUGGACACCUCAGACCAAGACUUCAGAGUACUCUAUGUGUUUGUGGACAUCCGGAUAGACAUCACCCACCUGUUGGACUCGAUCCGUCUUACCUUUUCUCCAGCCAGUGCCCUUGCCCUGGUCAGCACCAUUCAGUUUGUGUCAACCUUGCAGGCAGCUGCCCAAGAGCUGAAAACUGAGUACCGUGUGACUGUCCCACAGUGCAAGCCCCUGUCCCCUGGGGAAAUUCUGGGUUGUACAUCCCCCCAACUGCCUGAAGAAGUAGAGGCUAUUGUGUAUCUCGGAGAUGGACGCUUCCAUCUGGAGUCUGUCAUGAUUGCCAACCCCAAGAUCCCUGCUUACCGGUAUGACCCAUACAGCAAAGUCCUGUCCAGAGAACACUAUGACCACCAGCGCAUGCAAGCCACCCGCCAAGAAGCCAUAGCUACUGCCCGCUCAGCGAAAUCAUGGGGUCUCAUCCUUGGUACCUUGGGGCGCCAGGGCAGCCUCAAGAUCCUAGAGCACCUGGAAUCUCGGCUCCGAGCCUUAGGACUUCCCUUCGUGAGGCUGCUGCUCUCAGAGAUCUUUCCCAGCAAGCUUAACCUGCUUCCGGACGUGGAUGUGUGGGUGCAGGUAGCAUGUCCACGCCUCUCCAUUGACUGGGGCACAGCCUUUCCCAAGCCGCUGUUGACACCUUAUGAGGCGGCUGUGGUCCUGAGGGACAUUUCCUGGCAGCAGCCCUACCCCAUGGACUUCUACGCCGGCAGCUCCUUGGGGCCAUGGACUGUGAACCACGGGCAGCACCGGCCCCCCAAGACUCCAGACCGGCAGGCCCUAGGGAAGGUGCAGGAAAGAUCCACGUGCCCCUCUCCAGCCACGGGCUGUGAAGGUUGCAGUUGUAGAGACGAGCAAGUGGCACCGCUCGCACCUUGA